AUGACGGCCUACGACGCGGUGGAAAAACAAAACUCGUCUUUGUUCUACUGUUUGCAGGCCACCGUCCCCGUGGAUCGUUACUCAGAGUUCCAAAUGAGCCCUGUGAGUCUACUUCGCCAACGCCGCCAAAGCAUCCAUUACCCUCAAUUUUGUGCUCUAGACGGAUUUGCGCGUGGUGCCAGGAGACUGUUCAAGAAAAAGUAUCGACGUUCUGACGGAGAGCCUUACUGCCGAUUGUCAUAUGAGCUGCAGGUGGAAAAUACCGAGUCCGGACUGAUGAAGUAUUCGCUAUUGAUCGAGGCCAGAGAGUAUUCUGCUGUGGAUGCCAUUUAUUGA